GCUACGCCAAAGCAGCUACAAACUUCAAAGCUCUCUUCUUCUCUCUUUUUUCUUUUUUCGUUUUUAACAGAUUCAAAUACAGUAUCCACACCUAACUAACAACACACCAUGGUCUUUCGUGAGGACAAAUCCACCCUCAAAUUCCUCUGCAGUUACGGCGGCAAAAUCCUCCCCCGCCACCCCGACGGCAAGCUCCGCUACCUCGGCGGCCACACCCGUGUCCUCGCCCUCCCUCGCUCCACUCCCUUUUCCGAGGUACUGGUGAAGUUGGAAGAGCUAUGCGGCUCACACGUGACCCACUUUCGUUGCCAAUUACCCUCCGAAGACCUCGACGCUUUGGUGUCCAUCACCUCCGACGAGGAUCUCGCAAACCUCAUCGAGGAAUACGACAAUGUUUCGUCUUUAAAGAUCAGAGCGUUCCUCUUCUCUUCACCUGCUCGGUCAAAAUCUUUGUCGUCGUCAUCAUCUUCUUCCUCUUCAUCGUCGUCUUCCUCCUCCACGUUGUCGUUUAGUUACCCUACUUGUACGGCGGUACCGCCGGCGGUGAUUAGUCAGGUGUCACCGACGACAGCUACGAAGAAGUGUGCUGGGACCGGGACAAAUGUUCCUCUUCCCUGUUGUGGUUACCGUGUUAAGGGGAAACGUGGUGUCGUUUACCUCAUCCGCAACGGCAACCAUUGGCACUAGCGCUGUUGUCGUUUAUUUUGCUGGAUGAUUCAACAACUAAGAACCCGUUUUUAUUUAAGAAAAAAAUA